GUACCCGCAGCUUGCCUGACUAAGGGCAAAGGGGAGGCAGAGGGGAAGAAUCGGAUAAACUGGGCUCUAGCUCUCCAAGCCAAGGUGAGCCCCCUCGAGGCUCUGCGCCUUCAGUACCGCUAGAGGAGGGAGCGUGGGGAGAUUGUAGAGCCCCUGAGGCCGGAGAUCCCGUGCAGCCUCGGUUGAGACUUCAGUGUCGGCAGAAUGCCUCCCACUCAAGCAGAAAGUGUUAUAAAGAAUAUCAUUCGAGAAAUAGGACAAGAAUGUGCAGGCCACGGAGAGAUUGUUUCUGAAACUCUGGCUGCUUUUAUGGUGAAAGCUGUUGUCUUGGACCCAAGUAAUGGCUUUAACAUGGAUAGAGCCCUCAUGAAAAGUGAUGUACAGAAACUUGUUAAGCUUUGUGUGUUUCGGCUGUUGGAUAGCAAAAAUCCAUCCCUGGACACCAUUAAGAUGCAAGUCUACUUUGAUAUGAAUUAUACAAGUCGAGAGGAAUUUCUUGAAGAACAUCACCGAGUCUUGGAGUCUAGGUUAGGCUCCGUUAUGAGAGAAAUUACAGAUAACAGAGCAUGUGCUAGAGAAGAAUUGGAAAGCCUCUACCGAAAGAUUGUCAGCUAUGUGCUACUGCGCUCGGGGCUGGGGUCUCCUACCGAUAUCAAGAUUGUCAGAGAGGCGACAGCUGCCCUACAGAGUGUUUUUCCUCAGGCUGAACUUGGGACAUUUCUCACACUCUCUAAGAAGGACAAAGAACGCCAACUGAGAGAAUUCACCAUGAUUGUUACCGGGAUUCGUUUAUUUAACCGAGACUGUGGAAAGGGAGGAGAAGGCAUUGAUGACUUGCCAGCCAUUCUGCACGAAGCAAUCCCAGCCACCACGCAGCACAUCGAUUCCCAACUUCAGACUGCCCAGGACCAGGCAUACCGCUACACGGCCAUCCUCGAGAAAGCAGCCAACAACCCACUCCUGAGUAUAGAGCUCCAGCCCUUUAUGUUAAAAGAAGCACUGUAUAACGUGCGGCAGUAUGAGAUCUUCCUUCAGAUUAUUUUGUCAGAUAUAAUUACCUGUGCUCAAGAAGUAGAAAUGAUGAUAAAGCAGUUAGGAGCCCAACUGGAACUUUUAAAAAUGAUUGUAAAAUCAAAGACAGCUGUCCCAACAUCACAAGUCUUUCCCAUCUUCAUCGCACUUUCCAACCUGUGGACUAGCUUCCAGGAUGAAACUGUUUUGAUUAGUGUCCUCAGUAAUUUAACAACUCACCUUGAACCAUUCCUGGGUGCUCAUGAACUAUUCUUUCCUGAGAAAGUUAUGCAGAAUCUUCUUGAUGGCCUGACCGUGAAAACUGACGUGUGUAGGGUAAAAGAACACCUGGAAGAUAGAGUACAUCUGGUGGAUUUCAGAAAACAAGAAUGGCUUUUCCCAGAAACAACAGCAAAUUUUGAUAAAUUGUUAAUUCAGUAUCGGGGAUUUUGUGCUUACACAUUUGCUACAACAGAUGGUCUUCUCCUUCCAGGAAAUCCAGCAAUUGGGAUUUUGAAAUAUAAAGAAAAGUAUUACACUUUCAAUACCAGAGAUGCUGCGUAUUUAUUUGCAGAAAAUCCUGAAAAUUAUAUUGAUUUAAUUAGAGAAAAGGCCAAAAAAAAUGCAGAAUUAAUUCAGCUCCUGGAACUUCAUCAACAGUUUGAAACCCUCAUUCCAUAUUCUCAGAUGAAGGAUGUUGACAAACAUGUAAAACCAAUUACGAAGUGUGAAAGUAGCACACAGACGGAUACGCACAUAUUGCCACCAACAAUCGUGAGAUCAUAUGAGUGGAACGAAUGGGAAUUAAGAAGAAAAGCUAUAAAAUUGGCCAAUUUGCGUCAGAAAGCUACUCACUCAGUACAAACUGAUCUCAGUCACAUGAGAAGAGAAAAUUGUUCACAGGUGUACCUACCCAAGGACGCUAGCACGCAGUCUAAGGGAGAAGGCGGCAGCCGGGUGCCCAGGCCCCAGAUUUACAUAGCUGGUCUCUGUGGGGGACAGGGUAAAGUCACCUCUGGGGUCAAGGUGAACUUAACGAGAGCUGUUGAUGAGACCUAGUUAGAGACUGCAUUUUUGAAGUAGAUCUCACCAAGUUAUGAGUAGUGGCAAAUAUUGACAAGUAUCUUUGCAUCCCUGAAAAUUAGUUAAUUUUGUGGGGCUGUGAUCACAUUCAUGGGUUGUGUGAAUGUUUUCUGGA